AUGGAUCAGCAAUCAACUUCUUCUAAUCUUGACAUUAAGAACAAGAAGGAUCCGUCCACUGCUCCCACCCCACAAAACACACCAAUCAACCCAGCACCCAUCACUUCGUCUUACAAGCCCAAUAUCACCACUAUUUCCGAAGACAUGGAGACUAUCACUACACCAGGUGCUGCUGGCCAAUCCUCUGCUCUGGGUGGUGCCUUCACUAGCAACCCAGCUUUGAUCAGUAUGCUUCAAGGAAAGCUUGGUACACUUGUUGGUCAAUCCUCUGGCUAUGUUGAAUCGCUUCCUCCUUCCGUGCAACGUCGUAUCAAUGGUUUGAAGUAUCUUCAAUCUCAACAUGCCGAAUUGGAGGGCAAGUUCCAAGAAGAAGUGCUUGCUCUUGAGAAAAAGUAUCUUGAAUUGUACAAGCCUCUUUAUGCCAAGCGUGCUGAUGUUGUCAAUGGCCGUUACGAACCUACUGAACAAGAAGUUGAGUUGGGUGCCAAGGUGGAUGAAGAUGAGGAAGACGAGGAUCAAGAAAAGCAAGAGACUAAGAAGGCUGCUGCUGAAGAGGAAGAGGAUGAAGAGGACAAGCAAGUCAAUGGUAUUCCCGAAUUCUGGCUCACUUUGCUCAAGAACCAUCCCCAAAUUGGUGAGACUAUCACUGAUCAAGAUGAAGAAAUCCUCCGUCAGCUUGUGGAUAUUCGCAUGUCUUACAUGGAAAAGCCUGGCUUCAAGCUCGAGUUUGAAUUUGCUGACAAUGACUACUUCACCGACAAGGUCUUGUCCAAGACUUACUACUAUCAAGAACACGCUCAAGGUGGUGACUUUGUCUAUGAUCAUGCCGAAGGAUCCAAGAUCAACUGGAAGGAAGGCAAGGAUUUGACCGUCACCGUCGAGACUAAGAAGCAGCGUCAUAAGGGCACCAACAAGACUCGUGUCGUUAAGCGUACCGUUCCUGCAGAGACUUUCUUCAACUUUUUCAGCCCUCCCGUGUUCCCUGGUGAGGAUGAGGAAUUAGACGAAGAGGAAGCUGAAGGAUUGGAUGCCAAGCUUGAAGCUGAUUAUGAGAUGGGUGAGGAAUUCAAGGACAAGAUCAUCCCCCAUGCUGUUGAUUACUUUACUGGCAAGGCUCUUGAAUAUGAGGACUUUGAAGGCGACGAUGAUUUCGAGGAUGACUUUUAUGACGAUGAUGAUGACGAUGAGGAAGAUGAUGAUGAAGACGACGAUGAUGACGAUGAUGAUGAUGCUGCUCCUGCCAACAAGGGCGAGAAUGCACCUGAAUGCAAGCAAUCCUAA